UGAAGUUUGCGGUAAACCAACAGCGCGUCUGUGCGUCUCACAUCCGCACUGAAGUAUUGAUUAAAACCACGACAGAACGUGUUCUUCUAUCAGAGUUUUUUUUUUCUUUAACACGAAGUGAAAUAAAACGAAAAUGGAGAGGUGUGGAUUGAUUACACCCGAGAAACAAGCAGUGCCUCUGCAGAGUGUGGAUGUUCAGGUGGAUGUGAAGGACCAUGUUGCUACAGUGGUGUCAACGCUGCUCUACAAAAACAAAGAGGAGAAACCCAUCGAGGCGGUGUUUGUUUUUCCCAUGCCCAGUGAAGCAGCCGUCUGCCAUUUCAGUGCUAAAGUUGGAGAGACUCUUAUCGUGGCUGAGGUGAAAGAGAAGAAACAGGCUCGUGAGGAGUAUGAUGAUGCACUGAGCUCCGGUCAACAGGCCUUUCUAUUGGAGGAGAGCGACCAGAGUCCAGAUAUAUUCUCUAUGAGUGUUGGCAGUCUGUCCCCUGGAGAGAGCGCCUCCAUCAGGCUGGAGUAUGUCACUGAGCUGGAUGUGCAGGCCGAUGAAGCUCUGAGAUUUUGUCUUCCUGCUGUCCUCAACCCUCGAUACCAACCUGCAGGAACAGAAAGCAGCAGUGUGAAAGUGACAUCGGUCCCGUCUUCUCUGGUGCCCUAUGAUCUGACCUUUUCGGCCCGAGUCGAGUCACCCCGGUCAGUCUCCAAUAUAGAGUCCAGCUGCACCGUGGACCCGGUGGAGUAUCUCAACCAAGAUCAAACUAAGGCAUCGGUGAAACUGGCAGCAGGACACAAGUUUGACCGAGACGUGGAGCUGCUCAUUUAUUACAAAGACAGUCACCAGCCCUCAGCUGUGGUGGAGGCAGGACAGGCCUCAGCCAAACCUGGCUCUCUGAUGGGAGACCCAGCCCUGAUGCUGAGUCUGUAUCCGGAGUUCCCCAAAGACAUUAUGUCGUCUGUGUCUUCCUCUGGAGAGUUUGUGUUUCUAUUGGAUCGAUCUGGAAGUAUGGGCUGCUCUAUGGGCCACAGAAGAGAGUCAGGGAGUCGGAUUGCCAGUGCACGGGACACUCUGCUGCUGCUGCUCAAGAGCUUACCCAUGGGCUGCUACUUUAACAUCUACAGUUUUGGAUCCACAUUUGAACACAUUUUUCCGGAGAGUGGGUACAGCCAAAAGACAAUGGAGGAGGCUCUGAAAAAGGUGGAAAAGAUGGAGGCUAACCUGGGAGGAACUGAGAUUCUGGCUCCUCUAAAACGCAUUUACAGUCAGGGCUGCAUCCCCAACCAGCCCAGACAGCUGUUUGUCUUCACUGAUGGAGAAGUAAGAAACACCAAAGAAGUCAUCAACCUGGUCAAGUCUAAUGCAGGCUCUCACAGGUGUUUUUCUUUUGGGAUUGGAGAAGGAGCCAGUUCUGCUCUUAUCAAGGGUUUGGCCAAAGAAGGAGGAGGACACGCCCAGUUCAUCACUGGAAAUGACAGGAUGCAACCCAAAGUGAUCCAGUCUUUGCGCUUCGCCAUGCAGCCAGCAGUGGUGGACAUCUCUGUGAAAUGGGACCUGCCCAAAGGGGUGUCUGCCUCUGUGCUGUCCCCACCUCUCACAUCCAUUUCCAUUUUCCAGGGACAACGGUCACUGCUGUACGCCCAACUCACUGGACAGAGCAAAGAGGGAGCAGAGGGCUGUGUGACUGUCAAGUACAGCCUGGCAGGACGUCCCACCGAGAACAAGCUCAACUUCAGCCUCAAACCAGCGGAGGACACAGGACUCACAGUGCACAGGCUGGCAGCACGCUCUCUCAUUCGAUCUCUGGAGCAGGAGCAAGAGGGCGCUAGAGGACAGAAAGACGACGCUGUGAAGAAGAAAAUCAUUGAUCUGAGCGUCCAAUCAGGAGUCAGCAGCUCCUUCACUGCCUUCAUCGCCGUGAACAAAACCAGCGGAGAAGCCAUUCAAGGCCCUCUGCUGAGAAGAGAUGUCCCUUUACCAAGCAAGUCCCAAAACUAAGCAGCAUUUUCCUCACUGAAAAAACUAUAUAUUAACAUGAACAUGAUGCCAGUGCAUGUAACCCGGCAAUACUCAAUACUCAAAACUGUAACUGUAAAGACAGACAAACAUGAACUCUGAUUUGCAAUGAUUAUAAUCUCGAACAUGU